UGACAGCAAUACGAAACUUGACAUUAGUGUGUCAUGGCCUCCGAAUGGUUCGGAAGAGUCAAAGUGGAAAAUCGCCAAAAAAAUCACGUAAAAGUGACUCUGAUGCAUCCCAUAGUAAUGUGAUGUUUACUUCUUACUCAACUACAUCUGUUCAUAAACGAAAUUUGUGUAUAGUUUCCUUUCCUAUAAUUUUUUUAUUCAACAUUUUACGGUCACUUCUUUAUCAAUUUUUUGUCAUUUUAAGAUUUGUUUAUUGUAGUUCAUCAACAUAUUUUGUGCGUCACCAAAUAGCUGAUUGUGAGAAUGGAGAACGUAAUAAUUGUGUAGUUGUUGAAGAAGUUUCAGAAAUGGCACAAGCAAAAAGCACGGGUCCAGGUCCAGGUGAUCCUUUGUUAGCCAAACAAAAACAUCAUCAUAGAAGAGCUUUUGAAUAUAUAUCCAAAGCAUUGAAAAUCGAUGAAGAAAAUGAAGGACAAAAAGAGUUGGCUAUUGAUUUGUACCGCAAAGGUAUUACUGAAUUGGAACUUGGUAUUGCUGUACAAUGUUGGGGUGGCAGAGGAGAAGUUUGGGAGAGAGCUCAAAGAUUGCAUGAAAAAAUGAAGACGAAUUUAGCUAUGGCAAAAGACAGAUUACAAUUUUUAGAAAGCAUGGAUAGGUUACAUAAUUUGGAAGUAAGGCAACCACAGGAUACACCUAUUUCCUACAGUAGCAAUAUUCCUGCACCUAAAGUUCAUGUUCCUAAGUCAGCUUCAGGAAAAAAACUGACGAUAGCAAGUAAACGUCCAGCAAAUUCUCCAUUAUCUAAAAGCUUAACUUUACCACGUUCAAUGGGUUCCCGCAAUGCUCCAAUACAACCUGUCCGUCCCUUUAAUAAAAUUUCUUCGACUCCCCCAGCUGUCAAAAAACAAUUGUCUGUUCCUGGAAGCACUGGAUCUCCUGCAAGGAAAGUUAAUAACGUAAAUAAUAAUGGCGGUUCUACCAGCAAGCAGGGACAAAGGGUCAGAUCGUCUUCUUUACGUGGGGUGGAUCCAAAAUUAGGCCAAGCUAUUUUAGACGAAAUUGUAGAAGGUGGACCUUCUGUACAAUGGGAAGAUAUUGUUGGCCAAGAUACUGCCAAGCAAGCUCUACAAGAGAUGGUAAUAUUACCAUCUUUACGACCUGAGUUAUUCACUGGCUUAAGAACUCCUGCAAGGGGAUUGCUAUUGUUCGGUCCACCAGGAAAUGGAAAAACGUUAUUGGCUAGGGCUGUAGCCACUGAAUGCCAGGCUACAUUUUUUUCAAUAAGUGCAGCUAGCUUAACUUCAAAAUAUGUAGGGGAUGGAGAAAAAAUGGUCAGAGCACUAUUCGCAAUAGCAAGAGAACUUCAGCCAUCAAUUAUUUUUAUAGAUGAAGUCGAUUCUCUAUUGUCAGAACGAUCAAAUAAUGAACAUGAAGCUAGCCGCAGAUUGAAGACAGAGUUUCUUGUGGAAUUUGACGGAUUGCCCAGUAAUCCAGAAAGUGAAAAGGUUUUGGUUAUGGCGGCAACAAACAGACCUCAGGAAUUAGAUGAGGCUGCUCUUAGAAGGUUUCCAAAACGAGUUUAUGUGAGCUUACCUAAUUUAGAUACGAGAGCAAAAUUACUCAAAAAAUUAUUGGCAAAGCAAGGUUGUACUCUAACACAACAAGAAUUGAAAAGGCUAGCAACGUUGACAGAUGGUUACUCUGGUAGUGACUUGACUGCUCUUGCCAAAGAUGCCGCGUUAGGCCCCAUUAGAGAACUACAACCAGAACAAGUAAAGCAGUUGGAUCCGAGUGCUGUUAGAAGUAUAACUAUCAACGAUUUUUUGGAUUCACUGAAACGUAUUAGACGUAGCGUAUCACCUCAAAGCCUUGUAGCUUAUGAAAAGUGGUCAUUACAAUAUGGUGAUGUUUCGAUAUAGACAAGAACACAUUCCUAAUAAUCUCUUCACGAAAGAUUAAAUUUUUUGGAAAACGAAAAGCUACAAUUUGUACAAAAAAAUAUGAGGACAUGCCAAUAUAUGAAAUUAUUUUAUUUUGUUUCCCAAAAUAUUGUAGAAUUAUGUAAAACAUCAAGUUUAAAAUGAGAUUGCCAGUCAAAUAUUUGCACAUGUUUCUUAAAACGUAUCCAGAACUAUCAUUAGAUUCCUUCCAAAUAUUAAAAGCUUUAGCAUAGUACUCGAAAAAGUGAUAUGGCUAACUUCAAGGCUAACUAAAAUUAAUGAAGAAGUGGUUAAAAUAUAUGACCAAAAGUUAUAAGUAUUUGCCUUUUAAUAUGAAGUUAUUAUUCCAUGACAAAUGGUUAGUAGUGAUAAUAAUUUAGCAUUACAGGUAUCAAUUCGGUUAAAAAGAGGGUGAUUGAGCAAAACGAGGACAUAUGUUGCUGUGUAAGUGUGUGGGCUUGAUAAAAAUUAAAAUAAUACUGACUGAAUCUAUCUUAUUUUCUUCAUUUACUAAAUUCCACAAAUUAUCAAUUGUUUUCCCGUUUACUAUUUAAUAGUUUGUAGCAUAAAACUCAAACUCCAUUCCAUCAGAUAUUUUCCAUUUCCUGACUUUCAUUCAUGAUAAUAGUUUAAUCACGCCGAUUUAACAAGCAUGCUUUUCAAAAGCAGUUUCAAAUGAAAUAAUUUAAAGACACUGACAGAUAUAAAAAUACUGAUGUUAUUCUUUAUUUCUGUACAUUCAACUAUCAAAAUGAUGAACUAACUAUUGCUAUCCCUGGUUGGUGCAACAUAAAUCAUGUGGUAGAAAGAAAUGUCUAUACCAGUGACCGAGUACUGAGAAAUAUAUGAUAGGAACAUUGAGCAUAUCAUCCGUUAAGUUGGAGUAAUAAUUUCAAAUCAUCACGAUAAAACUUACUUUUCUACCGAUAACAGACAUUGGAAGAAUGGUAUUCAUAAAUUAAUAUUUAACAAUUAUAAACAGAAACAAGUGACACCAAAAAGAGAUUAAAAUUUGUUUUAAAUGCAUUUUUAAUUCCUCUUGCCUAUUUUGUUCUCGAAUCCUUAGUGACAGUAUUCCUAAUUGUAAAUAUCAUUUGUGUUCAUAAAUAUUUUAAAAUUAUAUGUGUGAUAAACUUUGAAGUAACUUAUCGUUUUCCAGAAUAUUCGUUAAUAAUAUUCAUAUUUUAGUUAAUUAAAUUAUUAUUUAUCUGUGAUAAGUAUUCUGUAUGCUUUUUUGAUAUUGUUAAUAUGAUUUGUAUGUUCAUUUAUCUAUAUAGAAUUAGAGUUUUUAAUGCUAGUUGUUGGAAACUAUUUUUCAUGUUUAGUUUUAAUUUUGUGUAGCUAACAAAUCAAUAUUAAAUAGCCGUUGUAGACUACUUAUAUUCAUUUUUAUAUGACUUAAAAGACGUAUUGUUUCAGAAGGUUUUUGGACCAAAAAUCUAAUUUAUUUGUAUACUUAAUUUGGAAAAUAACGCGCUUUUUCAAACAAGUUUGUAACUUCAUCGUAUAAUAAAUUUUUUUAAACAUG